AGUGAAAGCAUAAGUGUUGGCUUUGUUUUUUUAAAUUAAUUAUACAAAAAAACAUAAUAAGUUAAAAAGUUGUCUUAAGUUACUUUUAACAAGCAAGAAAAAGGAUAUAAGCACAAAUACCCCACCAAAAGUCGUUUGUGUCGUAAAGUUGAAAAAUAAAAUGAUUCCCGUUCGUGACUGUGUGUGAAUGCGCUAUCUGCUCUGACAUUCCCCCUUUUUAAAAUAAUGUUUGUCAUAAAACGUACGUUUCUUCAAAAACUUAACUGUAGAAUGCAUUUAAAAUUUUUGAAAACUUCUUAAUCCAAAAAAAAAAGUCGUCCAACAUAAUUUUAUUGAUUUUUUUAUUACUCGUAAAAUAUUAUAAUACUUUUCCUAAUGUAUGACCGCAGCAAAGAAUAAAACAAAUUCCAAUAUUUCAACAGAAGCACCGAUGCCCGAAGUAUUGACAUUGUCAGGCAUGGCUGAAGCCGAGCCAGAUUUGUCAACCUUCGAAAAUAAAACUGGCCUGGCUGAGGAUAUGAAGUUCCUAGCAUCAAUGCCAGAGCUUUGUGACGUCACGUUUCUGGUUGGUGAUACCCGUGAGCCUGUUUGUGCAGUAAAGGCGGUUUUGGCAUCUCGCUCAAGGGUAUUCGCCAAAAUGCUGUAUUCCGCUCCCUCACCGCAGAGAAAACGUGAGACAUCUACAAAAGAAAAUAAGUUACGCUUAUUUUUAAAAAGAUCUUCGGAACCACUACUCAACUUGCAGAAUGCGAAUCAACAGAGGAGUGUUUUCAGCCAACAGUUGGCACCAAUUCCAGAGCCAUCGGGCCAGCAACAUCAAACUCUUAUCAUUGAAGAAUUUGAACCCGAUGUAUUUCGUCAGUUAAUCGAGUACAUUCAUACUGGAUGUGUUACUCUGCAACCAAGAACUUUGCUAGGUGUUAUGAACGCUGCUGAUUAUUAUGGGUUGGAGGAGUUACGUAGAGCAUGUGCUGGAUUUGUGCAAUGUUGUAUAAAUGUUGACACAGUCUGUGCACUUUUAGCAUCCGCUGAGCGAUAUAUCCAAUAUAAGUGUACCAAAACAUUGGUUCAAAAAGUGCUCGAGUUCGUUGAUGAACACGGCAAUGAAGUUUUAAACUUGGGCAGCUUUACUCUCCUUCCUCAACAUGUCGUCCGUUUGAUAUUGGCACGUGAUGAACUUCGAGCUGAUGAAUUCACUAAGUUCCAAGCAGCCCUCAUGUGGAGCAAGAAAUAUUUCGAUAAUAACCCGAAUGUUGACAUUAAGGAAAUACUUGGUAAUUUUCUUGAGUACAUUCAAUUUCACAAGAUUCCUGCUAACGUGCUGAUGCGGGAAAUCCAUCCUCUGGGACUCGUACCAUAUUCCAUUAUUAUGAAUGCUUUGGCUUAUCAGGCAGACCCAGAAAGUGUCGAUCCCGGCAAAUUGUCUCCAAACUCUAGCCGCUCCUCACACCGUUCGAAAAAUCAUUUGCCAAAGAUUCGCAAGGCCAAAUCCCAGAGCUUCCGCACGAGACGCAGCCCAUCAGAGCGACGUAGUCCCAACACUCUUCACGCUGGGACUUUGACCUUGAAUACUAGCAUCAAAAGAAGUCCCAUUCUCCCACAACCUGAUUCAAAGAGCCCAAGUAGUGUUUCACAGAAAACUCCAACAACAUUAUCCAGGCAAGGAACUUUACGUGCUUCCCAUCGGCGCAAGAAUAGUAUGACUGGAUCUUUAGUGCUUAGUCAAGGCCGUCGUAGUCCAGUGGGGCAUGUUAAUGAUAGAAGUCCACAAGGCAGACGAAGUCCACUUCUCUUGUCCACUGACCGAUUAAAGAGCCCCAAUGAUUUGCAAUCUAUUUCUUUUGAUUCACGCAGUCCCGCCCGUAGUCCUACAACUACAACUGAUCGAAGGAGCCCAACAUUUAGUAUUCAUACUCAGGAAAGACGUAGUCCAAUUGGGGCGCCGGGAGAUAAUUACAACAGGCGCAGUCCAACUUCAACGGUUCACGUCCAAGAUAAUAUGAAGACUUUUGACGAAGCUAUAACUCCUGAAGAUGUAACGCGUGCAGCGUUUGGUUUAACUUCCUCAAUCAAAAGGCCCUCUCUAGGUCUAUUCACCCCCAUUUAUUUUGGAGAGAAAAGAAGCCCUAUCACACCAAUGCACAUUCCUCCAAUAACUGUUUCCAACCCAACGGAAACCUGCAAACUUGUGCAACGAACUGCAGAAUCAAAUGCCGCUGCUGCAGCAGAAGCGGCUCGGGAACACGAACGACAAAGAGAGAAGGAUAUAGAAAAGGACAAAAAUAAAGAAACAACUGAUAAAAAAGAAAAAACAAGCGUCAUGAAGGAAAUACUAGCUUUUGUACGGAAGCCAUCAAAGCAUAUAUCAACGCGAACACGUUUUGCCAAUGCAUUUACAAGAGCGGAGACGGGUUCUUCAAGUGGUCCUCUUAUAAGACAGAGCACAUUCUCUGCAAGCCCUGCGGCUUCGAGUACUGCCGCAAAGAGCGCUGUUGUCAAACAAAUGUCCGAAGUUGGAUUUGAACCGAAAAUGUCUUUGAAACUGGCACACUACACAAAAAUGUCGCUCAAACUACGUCGAUCUGCCGCCAACGAUGACAAGAAAUCAGCAACAUCAAAAGAAACAGCAAGAAAAUCCAGUGGAGAUUCAGCAACAGACAGCAGUGAAACAAAACUAGAUCAGAAGGUAUGUAAAACUGGAUCUCCCAUUCAAGCUGAGCCCUUCGAACUGGCCAAUGUUUAUUUUGAAAAGGUAGGUGAAUCGUAUAUUAGGCACGAACAAAUAAAAAAAGGAACAUCUGAAGAUUGUAUUGGCAAUCAAGAAGAUAUUAGUGAAAAAUUCAUGGAAGAAGUCGCCAAAUCACUUAAAGUAGUGACUUUGUCAAAUGACGGUACACAGCCCCCUCGUCGUUCCGAAAGUAGAGAACCAAUGGAGCCUCGUAUUAGUGAGGAACAAGAAGACUCAAAUGACAUAAACAUGGAAGAAUUUAGGGUAGAGAUAGAACAGCACCUUAAAGUAUACUCUGGUGAGCCUAUAUAUGUUAAUUUGCAAGAACUUAAGCGUGAGUCUGAUGCAACAGCAGCUGCUUCUGAAAUUGUUGCAAGACUCCAAGAAGAUAAAAUUAAUAAUAUAACCACUGGAGCAUCGAUUGACGAUGACUUAGUUAUUCCGGGUCCCUUACCACUCCAGUUGCCUACAAUUGAGUUUGAGCCACCUUCAAGGCGAUCAUCUUUUGAUCCUCCAAGAUCUCCAUUUCUUGAAAAUCUUCGAAGCCCCAGCGGUGAUACAGAUACUGAUCUCAUUCACUUGCAUCGACUUGAUUCAGGUGGAGACAGUUUUGAAAUGGUGCACGGAGACCGUAACCGUGAGUCAAGUUUUGAAGAAAGAUAUUCCUCAAGGGACACAAGCUUUGAUAUAUCCCGCUAUCAGUCCACUAGCUAUGAAGAUCAAACUUCAAGUUUUGAAAUUGUUGACAUUGAUGGUAAGGUUAUUGAUGAGAAAAAAUCGAACAAUGAUCUUCGUAAGUCAUCCAUUGAGUUGGUUGAUGCUGAUACCUUUCAACGAACCGGUUCAUCCGGUCGCAAAUCCUCUCUUGAAACUCAUUUUGAUUAUGUCCCUUCUGACCAUACACCAGUUCGAUCCCCACAUUUUCCCAUGACCAAGAAGCAUAGAAUAGAUUAUUCCCGGUCAAGGGAACUUCAUGUGUCACCUAUAGGGGGAUUUUCACGAGCUCGCAGCCCUCUAUCCAAUCAGACAUCAUCAAACUAUAGCUCUCGUGACAGUUACGAUUCUAGUUCCUCCUAUCCUCACCCUCAUGACCCCCGAUCGCCAUACGCCGAUCCCUCAAAACAACACUUUCCAUUGACAAUCAAAGCAACAAAAGAGGAGGAAGGCAAAACGUUCCUGUGCACAGAUAAGAGAUGUGCUUCCAUAUUUGAACCAAGGCCCUCGACAAUUGUAACAGCACCCAGUCCUAUAACAGCAGUUCCAGCAAGUCAAUCAAUAGGGUGUGGAGGCUUUUCGAGUGGUAGUGAAUUUGAACCGCCUUCACCAAGACGUGCUGCCAGCGCGUCUCCUAAACAUACUUUUACAUUUAGAAUAGUUCUUAAGAAAGUCGAUAGCUCUCCUGAAGCUCUUUGUCCUGAGAGAGGAAGAGGGAGGACUUUAGAUAGGUAUAGGCGGUGUGAAAGUCGUAGAAAACGUCUUUCCGAUGCAGGGAAGAGCUUUUAAAAAGUUGCUAGCUAUGGCAUAUAAUUAUCAUUCCCUUUCUGUGUCAAGCAUACGUAUCUACAGAAUUCAACACAAUUUAUUCUUUAUUUUAUUUUACCAUGCAUAUAAAUACAAAAUAUAUUUUAUUCUUAAGCUUCCUAUGAGCUAAGAAUAAAUAAUGGGAAUCGCAAAAUGAGUUGAAUAACUAAUGUUGAAAUAUCUAUUUUUUGAACAAACGUCAUUCUAAGUUUUAAUUCAUCUUCAUGGGUUUUUAGUUUUUUCUCGAAUUCUUAGAAAUUGAUUGUUUUCUAGAAACGUCGUGUUUAACAUGGAAUUGGAAUAAUAGGAUAAACAGGUUUCUUCAAUAUUUUUACAUGUAUAUUUGUUGUGUGCAUGUAAUAAGUGUGUCUUUUUCCAGGUAUCUAGAUAUUUGAAAAUGUUUUAAAUUCUAAAUGUACAGUUUUAGCUGUGUAAACCAAGUUGUUAUUUAUUAUAACUGUCCGGUUUUUCGGACUAGUUAAUGUUCUAACAAAAGUAUUUCUUUAUGGUCUAUGUAAUUUAAGAACACUCUCAUUUUGGGGAGUCGUAUAGCUACAUAUUUAGAUUUUAAUACGAAAUUAUCUAAUGCGAAAUUUACCUACCUAUAGUAUAGUUUUUGUGAUUAAUAUUUAUUUAUAAAGUAUUUAUUAUACAUUUUAUACCUACAUAUAAUUAAAUCUUAGCUCAAUGUCCUGCCUUUCUCUUUAAUAUAUUUUAAUAAUUGCAACUAGAACUAAUCGUUGAACUUUUCCUAUAACCUAUAACAUAAAUAAAUUUCUAGCGGAAAUGUUAAGUUUUUUUAGUCCUUGACCUCUUCCUUAUUACUUUACAUGUAGCUUCUGUUGUAGAGCUGUAAACUUUUUCCAUUUUCACAGUGCUACGUACUACAGCUUCUAAAACAAAUUCAAGGAGGGAACCUCCUUUUUAACAACAUAUAUAACAUCUAAAAGUAUAGCAUAACUACGAUAUAUCAAUAACUGUUUUUUUUUUUUUAAUAAAUUUCCUUCAAAAAUAAAAUACAUUUAUAAGAAACCAGUAUUUAUGUUAACUUUUUUAAUGUAUUUAAAUUAAUUUCAAUUAAAAUAUAAAAGCACCGAAACUUUAUUUGCAAAAAUAUCUGUUUUUCAAAUAUUGCACUCAAUCAAUAACAUAAUAUCCCUUAAUAAAAUUAGAUUGAAACAUCUCCAUACAUAAAAACUAGCGUCUCAAUUGUUCGCCAACACAAAAAAUGUUGUGCAUUGCACAUACUCACCUUAGACUUCAAUUUUUAAUACUUGAAGGUACUGCUCAAUAAAAUGAAGUAUACAACUGGAUCGCACGAGUUUGCUCCUGUAUCUAAAGACUCUGUUUACAAAUUUACCUUUAAAAAAGUUUGUUCGAAUUUCAACAUGUUUUUAUUUUUUAAAAAGAAGCCAAGUUAAGAAAAAAAAAUUGAGAAAAUUAACCACAAAUCUAUCGGUUCGUUUUUGAAUAUGUUCGAAUUUUCUAUUUUUGAACAACAGUUGUUAAUUUUAAUCUUAAAAAAGUGAAAAGAAUCUCUAACGCAAAUCUACUAUAAACCUUGAUUUCCAAGCUUUAACUAAAUCGACCUAACGGUAUUAGUUGUAGGGGCGAAGACAGACAGAGGGACUUUCUUCGACUUCUCUUCCAUCGUAAUAUCAUGUUUGAUUUAAAUCUCGAGUUCCAAAUUAUUAACGAAUGCAAUACUUGUCUUAAAGUCGCAAGCAAAAAAUUGUAUACAGGUAUUUACAAAAAAGUUGCACAGUGAGUCAAAACAAAAUCUCGGUAAUAGGUUUUGUUUUUAGACAUAGGAAAUACCAGCUGAGAGAUUAUUUUAUUGGAUAGUGACCGUUUCAAGGCCGAUUGAAAUCAGAUACAUUGGCCCAUUGAACCGUUACACAUUGAUUUAAGCAUAAAAUGGAAGGUAUUUUCUACAUAAGUUCACAAAGGUAAAUAAUAUCAUGUUUUAUUAUUUACAAGGGCCCUACUAUGUUACUCGAUUUUACUUUUGAUUCUAUUCGAAACUCAUUUCCGAUUCUACUUUCAAAUCGUACUACGUAUGAAAGUAGUAUCGGAUACCGGUUAUAUCGAUUUUUUAUCAAAAAAUCUUCUACUUUCGAACGAGUAUCGAGUUGUUUGACAGUUUUAAAAAAUAAUAAUGAAACAUACAAUUUUUGGACAAGAAUAAUUAUUACAAAAAUUGGAAUUUGGUUUAAUUGGCAAAUUGAACAAUAUUUACUUUUGUUUUAGUUUUUUUAAGAACUAUCGUUUUUCUAAAGACGGAUUUUCUUACUUAACACCAUAUCAUCCGAUAUGACUAAUAGCAGAAGACUAAUCAUUAAGUUAUCAACAGCAUUGAAGUUUCGGUGGUGACAAGAACGCUGGACUUGCACAGCAAAAAUACUUGCCUAAGUUUUCACUUCAAUCGAAAGAGUCAUGUGCCCGCCAAUGAUUAAUUUUGAAAUGAAUGAGGAAGAGAAACGGAAGUCCAAACGCUAUUUUUGGUAAAAAUCCCGAUUUUUUAGGGUGGUAGAUGGAACUCAAAUUCAACUGAUUCGCCCGGCUGUGAGUGAGCAAAUUUGACGCUUUGACAGACAAAACUUCGCUCGCAAACACAUUUGAUGUAGAGUGAUUAUUUUCGAUUUUGCCUCGUUUUGAAUUCAACUUUCGAGUUACGUAGUUCCUCGUUUAUUCAAAAGUUCAUAGAAUAUAGUUGGCACUACUAGAACUAUUCGAACUCGUUGGUUCGAAAGUAGUAAAAUAGAUACACAAUUUUUCGAAUUCGACUAAUUUCAUUGUAGAAUCGAGUUACAUAGUAGGGCCCAGGAUUACCUUAAGUAACGGUUUUGAAAGUUUCUAUUGUUCUUUGAUUUGUACCUUUUUUAUAUUUUCAAACUUAAAUGAACGAAAAAUUAAAAUAAAUGAGAGAUGUGUGCAAGUUUCGUACCAUUAUUUGGUAAAUUUGCAAAUUCGAGUUUUCAACAAUUUUGGUUUGGAUUUUGCUUUUUUUUGGAAUUUUCAAUUCUUGGAAUUUAAGUUAUAAUGAUUUCGUAGCAUGAAUUAAAAUCAGUUCAUCUUGAGAAUAAUAAAUCAAAAAAAUAUCAUUUUAGAAUGAAAAAUAGCUUACGACAUAUUUACAAUUUUCACAAGGUGUAAAUUUCUUUCAAAGUAAGUCCAACGCAGAACAGUAGCCAUCAUCAAUAAAAAAUCAAACUUAAAUAUGUAUGCUAUGAUCGAUAUCAAUUAUCAUCGAUAACUAACCAACAAAAGCUGCAUAGUCAAGUUCAGUCUUAAAGCUAAAAUACGAUUGUAAGAUCUUCUAAAUCUGCAAAAACUUGCCUACAAUGUCCUAUUAUCUUGUAGUUUUACCACAAAUUGUGAGAAAAUUUGUCUUGAAGUUAAUUGUUGUUAUAUCAUUGGUGAUCAAUGGUUGCCUGAUGUUUGUGACGUGGAAAAUAUUAUUAAAUUCAUAAGUGACGGUUGAAGUUUUUCAAUUUAUGAAAACGAUUCAAAUAAUAAAAACCACAAAUAAAGGCUUCUGAUAAAAAAGUGAUUCAAAUCAUGUAAAAGCACAAUCCAGUUGUUUUCGUAACAUUUUAACACUUCGAAUAAAUAGCUGUUCCUUUUUUCAACGCAAACUGUUAUAUUAAUUUUUUGUUUUAUAUGACUGUUGUUGUACGUAUCCCAAAUUCUUCCAGUUACGUCAAAACUAUCUUAUUUGCAUACUUUUAAAAAUAAUAAUAUAAUAAUAAAAAUCUUUAGUUCUUUUCUCAUAUGAACAAUAAAUGAAAUUCUUGACAAAUAUGAAUCUUUUAAAGUUAAUAAAAAGUAUUAUACAAAGUGGAUUACAUAAUUACCAAGAAAAAAAUUACAUUUUCAUUUAACUUCUUCUUCUACUGAAGUCCCAUACAUUUAUCAUAAUAAAACAUAUCUUCAAAUUCGAAAAGCUGAAAUCGUUAGUCUAGUUAUGCAUUUUUUUUUAUAUAACUUCGCAAUAACACAUUGAUGUGAUUAAUUUGAAAGACAAAACUCUUUACUUGAAUAAACAUUUUGUGGAGUUAUUUAAAUUUUAUUUAUUUCAUUUGGUAGUUAAUCUACUCAGUGGUAUAAUUAAACUUUGUAUAAUACAUUUAUCCCUAACAAUGUGAUACUUUAGAUAGUUUAUUUUAUAUACUUUAAAUAAAUGCUCGUUAAAUAGCUUUCUUCUUAUGCAAAACUUUUAACCACAAGGUAUUCUUACUAAUAUCUCCUAGUUUAAUAUAUAGAAUUAUUAUUUUACAAACACUUUUAAAGGUUUUCCAUUAAUUUUAGAAAAUAAAAGUAUCAUCAUUUGGCAAAGUGACUUCAUGAAUUUUUUUUAACUUGAAUACCGUUUCCUUGACUGUUUCGAUACAUGAAUUUAAAUUUACAAAAAAAUGUAAAAAAAUUAAAUUCCGCAAAACAAAAAAAUAAAUCCAUAGCAUUAAUACAAUAAUUUGUUUCAUAACAAAAAGGUAAGAGACGUAGUUAAUUAUAAAUAACAAAUAAAUUAACACAAAUCUGCCUUUAAAUGAGUUAAAUGUUUUGUAUAAAAUUGCUUUUAAUGGCAAUACUUUUAUAGAUGUGAAUGUGCUGGAUUUUAGAUUAACAAUGUAACUAUAUUAUUAAAUAUUAAUAUUGUAUUGAAUGUGAUUGUUUUAAGCUUUUCAUUAAUUGAAUGUAUUUAAUUUUCUGUUUACGUAUAUUUCUGCAAUAAUAAAUAAAAUAAUACAUAAAAUUAAUAUAUUUAAAAAAAUUAUAUUAUUUUGAAUUUUUAAGAAAAUAAUUCAUAUUAUUAUACAUACAUUAAAUACAUGAAAACACAUACAAAUAUUUUUUAUUAAAAAAGCUGGAUUAGGGGCCGUGGUAAUAUUUAUACCGUUAGUAAUGAACCAUAAACUAAUCGAAUAUAAGUAUUUUUAUUAAAUUAACAUUAUUUUACUAACAAAACAAACAAAAAUUAAAUUUAAGAUAACCAAAUUAAAAUGGCUCAGAUAAAUUGUAUAUUAUGUAAAAUCAUAAUUGUAAUUACUUACUUAAAUAAGUAAAACAAAAUUGUUUGUUUUUGAAAUUCUAACUAAACUAUGUCUUAAAAUAUUAUAGAAAGGUAAAAGAAAUUAAUUUUUGCAUGCAAUUUUGUUUUUAAUGUUAAAUUUUUCAACAGGGCAAUCUUAAACUAUCAUAAACAAGUAAAAGAGUAAGGGAAUGAAGUUUUCCAAUUGUCCAAACAAUUCCUUAUUUAGCUAUUUAAAUAUUAAAUAGAAACACAACAAAUUAAUUCCUUCUACAAACAUUAAACAAAUACAUUUUACUUAAGAAAUAUUUAUAUAAAGAAAAUAAAUGGAUGAUUUAAACAAAGUAUUUUACAUUUAAUGCACAGUGAAGUUUACUUAAAAACUUACUUUUUUAUAAAUUAAAAAACUUUUUAGUAAUUUUUUUUUCUUUGAUAAAAGUUAUUGAAACUAAUAGACUAAAACACAUUAUUUAUCAUUAUUACCUUGUACCUAAAUUAUAAAGCAAGUGUUUAGUUAAUGAUUGACAGAAAAAAGGAAAGUCGUUUGCAUGCAUUUUUAGGAUUUGAAGAUCAUGAUCACAUACCUUGUACAAAUUUCGCCUUACAGACGAAUCCAAACAAUUUGUUUUAUAAAUUAUAGCGAGGUUAAAAAAAAGUAAUAAUACUUUUUGAAUUGAUUUUGACGUAGGCAAUUUUUAAUUAUUAAAUAUGUAUUGAUAAUUUAAAAUCAGAGUCUCUAUUCUAAAUUGUUCUGAGCUCGUUAAGACAAACAUAUUGUAUUAGCUUAAUUAAGCAGACGGCCGGCCUUAAGUUAAAAUAACAAGAAAAUACAUCAACUUUAUUCUAGUUUUUCAAUUUGUUUUGGUUAACUAUAUCAGCUACCGGUUUUUGAAGUAAAUGCUUUUGGAAUAUUUGAACAUAUUUCUCACUUUAUUAUUCCCUCAAUCUCAAUACCAACGUACUAUUUUCGUAAGACGAAUCUUAAAUCAUAAUAGAGAAUGAAUUGAAUAAAACUUCGCAGAAUUUAUACAGGCUUUCUGCUUUUCAAAUAAGCCACUCAAGUGCUAUGAUCUCCCUUUAUAUAUUAUUGACAUGGACUAAUCGUAAUAUUUAAAAAAAAAUUGUUGUAGUAUAGGUAUAGGUUAGGUUAGGUUGAGGGGCUGGCAGUUGAUGUCUUUAUUGUCACACUUAGAUCAAUAAGAUCCAUCAAGCUAAUAAGAAAAACCUAUGUGUUCAGUUAGUCAAGCCAUUUAGAGGCGUUGACGAAGUUCAGAAUGUUAGUACCUGGCGUACUAGAGAGUUCUUCUAAACCCCCGAAGAAAUAGUUGCCAAGCAGUUUCUUCCUUUGAUGUGAGAGCUCGGGACAGUGACACAGAAAGUGUGGAGUGUCUUCAUGCACAUCCUCGUCAUCGCAUCCUGUGCAUAGAUCAUCUAAACCGAUUCUCAUCAGUCAGGCCAGAUCUUUCUUGUAGUGCCGCAGGUGUCAAGAAGGUUUCACCUCUCAUCGGCCUUGAUAGUUAUUCUUUUUAAAAUUUUCUGUUUUAAAUAACAGAUAGGGGUGCUAACUAGCUGAGCUUGGCUUACGUCAAGCAUUGACCCUAAUCUUGCUACUUCGUCGGCUCUCUCGUUGCCUAGUAUAUCGGUGUGGCCUGGGACCCAGCAGAGUCUAAUGUAAUGCUGUGCUCCAAGAACCUUAAGCUCUUCGUGGCAGCAUAAAACAAGCUUUGAUUUUACCUCAGUUGCAGUAAUCGCUUUUAUUGCCGUUUGGCUAUCAAUGCAAAAGGUGGUAUCGCCAUCAUUGAUACCUUUUUAGCAGCUGCUGUCACUACCAGUACCUCCGCUUGUAGUUUGGAAGCCUAACCGAGGAGGUUAACUUGAGAGAUUCAGAAUAGAAGCCUGCCCCUACACCAGUGUCCAUUUUAGAGCCAUCAGUAUAGAUAGCUAUUGACGACUCACUGAAGUAUGGUAUAUUAUUCUACCCAUUCCUCUCUACUUGGGAUGGCAGCGUGAAAUGAUUAAUGAAAAUCAAGUUCGGGUAUUUUAUAGUCUGUUGUAGUACCCAUAACUUUAUGAAGGAUCCAUAACUUUAUGAAGGAUCUGGGCAUGCCCUAUGGAACUGUUUACACAGAAUUUAGUUUGACUAAGUCUCAGGGCAUUUUUGGCCGCAGAUUCUUCAACAAGGAGGUCUAGGGGAUAGAUUGAGUAUAACUUCCAGUCCCGCUGGUGGAGUGGAUCUCAUUGCUUCCGUAAUGGUAGUGCACGCAAGUCUUUGAGUUUUUGUCAAAGUUUUCAGGUUCGUGCUCUUUUCUAAAGCUUUCCACCAUACCAAAUUACCAUAGGAUAGUAUUGGUCUAAUUAGUGCCGAAUACAUCCAUCUCAUAAUUUUAGGGUUUGGUCCCUAGGUUUUCCCGAAAAUUCUUUUGCAGGAGUAAAAGGCAAUCGAUGUCUUUUUGAAUUUAUCUUUGGUGUUCAGGCCCCAGUUUAGUCUUUUAUCUAAGAUCACACCAAGAUACUUUGCGUGAUCAGAGAUUUUAAGAGGGCAGCCUUCAAUUGAAGGUAUUUUAAAAUCAGGUAUUUUGCGCUUGUUAGUAAAUAGCACUAGUUCUGUUUAAGUCAGCCCAUUUGCUUACCAACGAGAGGGCGUAUUCGGUGUUUGUAAAACUGAUAGUGGGUAGGAACUUGCCAGUAGUAAGUGAUGCAAGAUCAUCAGCUUAGGCUAUUAUCCUUACUCCACUUGAUUUCAAUUUAUAGAGUAUGCCGUUCAUGGCAAGAACCCAAAGUAGGGGUGAGAGAACUCCACCCUGCGGAGUGCCCCUGGAUGUGGUUAUUCUCACUCAGAGUUAAUUUGUCUCUUUCUGGGCAUACACAUUAUCCACUCUGUUAUUGCCUUUUCAACUUUGUGGUGGUCCAAGGCUGCUUCACUGUUUCGUUCUUCACGUUAUUGAAGGCUCCCUUAGUAUCCAAGAACGUUGCAAGGGUGUAUUUCUUGUCAUUCAGUGAUUUUUCUAUGACGCUGACACCGCUGUGCAAUGCUGUUUAAACGCUUUUUUCUUUGAUGUAGGCAUGUUGAAACCUACACCACCACCAUUCCUUCACGAUCUAAAUAGUUAUUUCUUUUUUUUAAUUUACGAUGGCAAGAAAUAUGUGUGUUUUAUUUUCAUAGUUUUUCUUUGCUAUUUCUCAUUUCUUAUUGUAAAUUUUUUGUUGAUAGCCAAAGAUACUAGCUGCUUAUUGUUGCUAGCAAUGUGUUUUAAUUUACAAAAAAAACAUACACACUUAAAAUUAUACAAACAUAUAAGUUUUUGAAUUACGUAGUUCAGAGCGAAUUAUUAUUAAAAUUGAAAAUAUAUUUCCUUAUAGUUACAAUUUGUCAGAUUAUGUUUUUAUAGCUGUUACAAACAUAAUAAGACAAUCAACAAAGUAACUAUGUAAGGAUUGUAUUAUUUUGACAAGUCUAAUGAAACAUUAUAUCUCUUGAUUUUAUUUUCAGAAAAUGUUCUGUUUUCAAGACCAGAAUUUAGAAAAACUCUUAUAUUCCUUACUAACGAUUAUACCAUCAGGUGUUUUUAAGCAAACCUAUAAUCUUUUGUAAAAUAUCUUUAUAUAGAACUUCAGAUAUCUCAAAAAUGAUUGUAUCCUGAAAUAAAACAAAAUCUCAAUUUAAACUAUCUGAAACAAAAUUAAAACUACUUAAAAAUUUAUUUUUACGUGAAGGUAUAAUAUAAAGUAAAAGUUUGUUUAUUCCAUAUUAUACUAUAAAGGAACCAUUUAAUUAAAGACAAAGUAUGUUUUAUAAUCAAAGAAACAUCAAAAUUGGACAUUCCAUACGAAAACGUCUAACAUUCCUUUACAUUUCUGUAUCAGUAUUUUUGUUUUAAACUAUGUGGAAAAUAUCCUUAGGUCACAAAGAAUGUAGUUCAGCUCGAUUUAAUUUUUCCCUAUUCUACCUAUCAUCCCUUGAUAAAUUUUAAAACCAUAAUUUGUAAUCUUUAAUGUUUUAGACAUCUUUACUUUGCGGUAAUCAAAAAACCCCAAAAUAAUUAUAUGCAUUUAAGAAAAGGUUUUCGACAUCAGUUAAAAUUUUAACCAAAAUCAAAGUGAAUUUAUAAAUUCCUAUUAAUAUUUUUCUUAUAAAUAAUAAAAAUCUCAAAAAAUUAACAACAAAAUUGCAAAGUUUUAUUUUCUACUCGAAUAUCUCGAGAAUAAAUGAAGGUUUUGACUUUUUAUUUUAUUAUUUGCAAUAUAUUUUUCUUAAUGUAAAGUAAAUAUCUUUUUCUUUAAAAAAAUCCAACGGCAUUUCUUUGUGAGAAAUAGAAACCUUCAAAUAUUGAUAAUAAAAAUAGUAGCAAUUAAUUUUGUACUAGAAUAUCUCGGGAACGAAAACAGAUAUUGAAAUUAAACUUAUUUGUAUGCAAAUAUUGUUAAGUUUUAGUAAUUUUUUGUUUAGAAAAAAUCGAAAUUACAAUUUCUUUUUACAAAAACGAAAACCAACAAAAACUGAUAAAAAGUUGUGUUCGACCUAAGUUUCUUGAGAACAAAAGUAUUGAGUUCAAACUUUUACAAAAAACCAGGGCCGGAUUGAGGGGAGGGCAAGCCUUCACAAACGGGGGGCCCCCACAAUAGGCAGUUAGUGAAAUAUCAAAAUCUAAAAUGGCCCCGAUAAGAAGCACUUCCUAUUCACUACCCAUCUUGAGGGAGUACCCCAAUAGCUUAAUGGAUGAGUUAGGUGAUACUUGCCUGCAACCUCGGAGGAGUUUGUGGUCUCGAAAAUGACAUCGGUCUUUUACCUGCUAAUAUAACAAAUUAUAUAAUCGAAUAUUGGACGAAAAAAGGUUCCACAGCACCUCAAAAUUGCGAUGUAUGUGUAUCCGGAUGAUUUAGAGCCUAGUCUUGGUAAUGAGUUGGUUCAAUUUGUGUCUUUGAUUGACUCAUACAAAAAGGAAAAGGACUUUGAAAAAGAUCAAUCACUGGAACUAUUUUACUUCCAAAUUCUCGAAAAUAAAAAUUUCAUAGCUACAUUCUAAAUUGCAUUAAGCUAAAGGAAUCUAGGUACUUGGUUUCACAAUAAAUUAUUUAUUGAAAAAUUCGAGUGAAAAAGAAUGGUUAACUCUAUUUUAAAAAUAAUUUGGGAUGUACAGGCUUCCGCUCCUUUAUUGCCCCGAGGCUUCUGGAGCUUUAAAUCCGGCCCUGACAAAAACUGUUGUUGUAAAUAUUUUAUAAAACUUUUUGAAAUAUCGAUAAACCAAUGUUAAUGAGCUUCAGCUUCAUUUUAAAUAUUUUUGGACAAAACAAUGAUUGCUCAUUAUCUUUGAAAUGACACCUCAAACGUUUAGAUAUCUUUAACAUUAAAGAUUUAAUAAAAAAAACUAAAAAAAAUUAAAUGGCGCAUCCAAAUAUUAAAUCUAGCUGGAUAAAAAAUUUAUAGAUGAUUUACACAAAUUUUGGAAAAAUCAAAAUGUUGUGGCUUUUUCGAUUAGACCUUUUUAAAUAGAAUGACCCAAAAGCCUUAACUGCUGGAUAAAGUUUAUAUACGCUUAUUCUGUGCGUGUUCGUCAAAAUUGACAAUCCCCAACAAUUUAUUUAAUUUUAUGUUAUCGGCUAGUGCAUAUCGUGCAAUAACUAAUGUUUCUGAGUUUUCUAUAGUAAAAUAGAUCUGAAAAACAAAUUUUGGUGGUCAGUAUCGUAAAGCUAUUAAGUUUUUUAGGUUUUAUUUUAUUUUUUCCUUCUUUAAAGGUCUUGUCUCUCUUGGUUUUGUAUUUAAAAUAAAAAUCACUCACAAUCAUGAAUUGAAUUUGAAACUUCAAAAAAGAAUUAUCUUAAUACUUAUAUUUACAAGGAAUUGAGAAUCAAUAAUUAUGGUAAAGAAAAUGUUAAAAAAUUAAAAAUAUAUGUAGUAAUAAAUGAUCAGGUAAAAAGGGUCUUAUCAUACAAAAAGUACCUAUAGUGAAAAGAUAAAUAUUUUCAAAGUUUUGUGUAACGAUUUUAUUCUUUAGGUUACGGAAAUGUGUUUUUCAAUCAAUUUAAAUUAAAUAUGAAAAUUUGACUUUAUAUAUUACAAAAAAAAAAACAAAGUUAAAUAUUGAUGUAUUUUUAAAACCAAAUCAAUAAUUUUUCAUCAGAAAUAUAAAAAAAUAAUAAUUGUUCAAAAACAAAAAAAAACAACAUACAAACAUGUCAAAUACAUUUGUUAUUUAAAUAAGCAAAAAACAUAGUUACGAAAAAGACAAAAAUAUAUAUCAAUGUUGAAUAAAUGUUUUUAUGAAUGAUAGAUGAUUAGAAUUUUGAAUGUGAGGUUAAAAAAUGUUUUUAUUGUAAUUAAAUUUUAUGAAAUAAAAUGUGGUAUGCACUGAAAAUGCAA